AUGGGGUGCAUGUUAAGAAGCGAUCCGAUGUCAUUUUGCGAAAUAUUUCUGCAGCCAGAAACCGCAUUCGAAAUUCUAUCCAGGCUGGGAGAAUCCGGCAAUGUGCAGUUUUUGGAUAUGACUCCAGACGUGAAGCCCUUUAAUCGAUCUUAUAUAAUGGAACUGUGUAGAUGCGUCGAGAUGGAACGAAAACUUAUGUAUAUGGAAGGCGAAAUGCUCAAAGAUGAGAUAAAUAUACCGGAUAUAGAGAGGGAGCCUAAAGCUUUGCCUCUCAAUGAAAUGAAGUCUUUGGAGAACUUGCUAGAAAAAUGGGAAGGUGAGGUGCAAGAUAUGUCCGACAAUCAGGUUAGUCUCCUCAAGAACUAUAUGGAGUUGACUGAAAUGUACUACGUUUUGAGCCAUAUCGGAAACUUAUUGGGUGAUGCGGAGCUAACAACCGAGUCCUUGUUUGGAAAAGCGGCAGCCGGCGACGCGGUCCUCUCCGGUCGAUUGACCGUGAUGUGUGGGGUCGUGCGGAGAAGCAGAUGUUUUCCUUUCGAAAUCAUGCUCUGGAGAGUCUCGCGCGGUAACAUAUAUUACCGUCAAGCGCCCGAGGACGCUAUCCUGCACGAUCCGCAAACUGGACAAGAGAUCCGCAAAGUUGCCUUCCUGGCUAUAUUUCAAGGGGAAGCAUUGAACGCAAGGAUGGAAAAGGUCUGUAGCGGGUUCAGAGUCAACAUCUACCCAUGUCCAGAAACUCUGGAUGAGAGACUGGAUAUGUUACAUAAACUAGAUGUCAGGAUUGGGGAUUUAGAGAAGGUAAUAAAAAAAACGAAAUAUCACAGGUGCAAAGCCCUGCGCACGGUCGCCAGACAAUGGCAGGCGUGGUUGUGCCAAAUAAAAAAAUCCAAAGCGAUCUAUCACACGAUGAAUAUGUUUUCCCUCGAUAUAACUAGAAAGUGUCUCAUCGGUCAAUGUUGGGUUCCCGAUAUGGAUCUGCCUGGCAUACGAGAGAUGUUGGAAACGUGCUCGGAAGAAAUGGAGAGUAAUGUUUCAUCCUUUAUAUCUGUAGCUGAGACUCAAGAGGAGCCACCUACAUUUCAUCGCACUAAUAAAUUCACUAAAGGUUUUCAAGCGCUAAUCAACGCAUAUGGUGAUUCUACGUAUGGUGAACUUAAUCCAGGUUUAUACACUGUUGUUACGUUCCCCUUCUUGUUUUCUGUGAUGUUUGGCGACGUGUGCCACGGUGUGAUAUUGUUGUCAUUCGCUGGUUGGAUGGUCUCUGUGGAGAAGAAGCAUAUGGGCCGGCCUUCAUCUAACGAAAUUUGGAAUAUAUUCUUUGGGGGACGUUAUGUGAUCCUAUUAAUGGGCAUGUUUACACUUUUCACGGGAUUCCUGUACAACGUAUAUUUUUCCAAAUCCAUCACGUUAAUGACGCCAUAUUGGAAGAACACCUUUAGCAAAGAGGAUAUUGAGCAGAGUCAAUAUUUAACGUUGAACCCUGUGUUUGAAACCAACCAUCCAUACAUCUUCGGCGUCGAUCCCCUCUGGGCGCUGGCGAAAAAUAAAAUUAUGUACUUGAAUUCGUUGAAAAUGAAACUGUCGAUUAUUAUCGGAAUUAUUCAUAUGAUAUUUGGACUAUCUUUAAGUCUGUUUAAUCACCUGUAUUUUAAACGCCACUACGCUAUUUAUUUGCAAUUUAUACCACAAAUGAUGUUUCUAUGUGGACUCUUCUUCUGGUUGGUUAUACUAAUGUAUAUGAAGUGGUAUAUGUUUAGUGGAAAAUCAACUGACAUAAAGACAGGUGCGGGUUGCGCUCCACUGAUAUUAAUUCUAUUCAUUGACAUGGUUCUGAUAUCCACUUCGAAGCCAGUUGAAGAAGAAUGUGAUGCUUACAUGUUUGAAGGUCAAGAAGGCUUCCAGAGGAUGCUUGUUGUUAUAUCCUUGCUCUGUGUUCCCAUUAUACUGUUUGGGUCACCUGUGUACUUGAAUAAAAUUAAUAAGAAGAAGAGGGAAGAGGCUCUGAAAAAAAUCAGUCAGUUUCGCAGAUACCAAAGAAGGGAUUCGGAUAAAAAGGAAGAAGCGCUAAUUCUAGCUGAAUUAGCUAAAUAUUCACACUCGUUCGGCGAACUUAUGAUACAUCAAGCUGUUCAUACAAUUGAGUUUGUACUCAGUACCAUCUCUCACACAGCUUCAUACCUCAGACUGUGGGCAUUGUCGUUGGCUCAUGAACAGUUGUCAGAGAUGUUAUGGAUAAUGAUUUUGGCGAAAUUGGCAUUACGGGAUACAUCAGUCAGUGGUGGAAUAAAACUUUUCUUUAUAUUCGCGAUCUGGGCGGUUUUCACCCUCUCUAUACUUGUGGUUAUGGAAGGGUUGUCGGCUUUCCUACAUACUCUUCGAUUGCAUUGGGUCGAGUUUAUGAGUAAAUUCUAUACUGGAAGCGGAUAUCCUUUUAAACCGUUCUCAUUUAGAGCUUUGCUCUACGGCGACAGCAAGGACGACAAGCCUGAUGCAAUUUGCAAGAAAAGGGUUAAAAGUGAACGCUAAUCUAGAUACAUAGAUAUCUAUCACUUAAUAACUUUUUAAUUAAGCUAUUAAAUCUCUUUAGAGUCCUCAGUUAGUUUAUGAUAGUUUAAACGACACUGUCGGUAUUUAAUUUUAGUUGUUUUUCUUUAUAUUUGUAAGUUCAAUUUAAACAUUAAGUUAUUUCAAUUUAUGAUUUAUUAUAUUUGUGACUAUAAUAAUUCAAUUAUUCUUUCCCUAGUCCGACAUUACGUCCCAGGACAUCAAAUGUAGUUAAUUAUUUUUGUUUUGUUUUUCUGUGUUCAUUGUAUUGAAGAGAGCUAAAUGUUAAUGUCUUUUAUUUAAUAAAAAUAAUCCUUAAACUA